AUGGCCGUUUACGAGAGUGGUGUGAUUGUAUCGAACACGGAGCGCUGGUACGAAUGCGCGAUUUGGAAUUGCAAGUCGAUGCCAGCAUCGAUACUUUGGUCGUGCUUUAUCGCAAAGAUAAUUUGCGAGGGUCAAAUGGAUGCGGGCGCAGAGAAAAAGCAGGAGGCGUUUAUUAAGAUGUUCUUUAGUGACGAAGGGGUGAGGUGCGUUGCCACAACACAGAGCUUGCUUGAGCACUGGGACGGAAAUGUAUCCGCGCUGCGGAUUGUAAUGAAGGUGUCGGUGAUUAUUGUGAUGUAUCGUCCCACUUUGUUGUAA